CCAGAGCCUGCCUAGGCCAAGGCCGCUCUGCGCAUGCGGGUUCGGCGGAUCCCUGCCCGGGAGUCUCCAACUGGAAACAAACCUUCUCAGAACCAUGUCGCGGCCUUGUCAGCUUCAGGAGACCGGCAGAAACAAUUUGAUAGAUGAUGCGAAAGCCCGCUUGAAAAAGCUUGAUGUUGGGACCAAAUAUGAUCACUUAUCGUGUCACAAAUACUCCAUCCUUUUGCCAUUAUUGGUUAAAGAAGGAAAACUGCACCUGCUGUUCACCCGCCGGUCGGAGAAGCUAAGAAGGUCACCUGGAGAAGUUUGCUUCCCUGGAGGAAAGAGGGAUCCCACGGACAAGGAUGACAUAGACACAGCUCUGCGGGAAGCGCAGGAGGAGGUGGGGCUGCGUCCUCAGCAAGUGGAGGUCAUCAGCCGCCUGGUGCCUUAUCUGUUUGACAAAGAUACACUGGUAACCCCAGUGGUGGGUUUUAUAGACCACCACUUCCAGGCCCAGCCUAAUCCUGAUGAAGUCAAGGAUGUGUUCCUGGUGCCACUGGACUACUUCCUGUAUCCGAAGGUCCACUCCCAGAAGUACAUCACACACUCUGGACAUGGUUUUAUUUUUCAUUGCUUUGAGUAUACAAAUCCUGAAGAUGGGGUGACUUACCUAAUCAGGGGCAUGACUGCAAAACUUGCUCUAUUGGUUGCCUUAAUUAUUUGGGGGGAAAAACCUAACUUUGAGAUAGAAUUUAAUCUCGAUGAUGUCAUAGCAUCUUGUGAAAAGUCCUUCCUUCAUAAAUAUGCUACAAGCCAGCUGUGACUUACUAGAUCAAAAUCCAAAAACUAGCCAUAGGUCUCCGGGGUGAGCUUAUGCACAGAGCAUCAGAAAACACCAGGUAUAGGGAUCAGAUAGAUGUGAACGACUGUCCUGCAUAUGAAAGUAAAAUCCUUGCCUUUUUUCCUA